CGUCGUGCCACGUGACCGCCGGUCCCUCACGGAGCCGCCGCCAUGUCGCGGGCGGCGCGCUCGGUCCGCGCCGCCGCCGGGGCCCGCUCGGGCCGGGGGGCGGCCCCGAGGCCCGUCCGCAUCCUCAUCCCGGCCGGGGGCGCCGCGCCGGGGCCGCCGCUGGGGCCGGUGCUGGGCCAGCGCGGGGUCUCCAUCGCCGCCUUCUGCAAGGACUUCAACGAGCGCACCCGCGACAUCAAGCCCGGGGUCCCCCCUGAGGGUCCGGCUGCUCGUCCUGACCGGACCUACUCGCUGACCAUCGGGACUCCCCCCACCUCCUACUUCCUCAAGUCCGUGGCCGGAGUGGAGAAAGGAUCGUCCAGACCUGGCCACGAGGCGGCCGGCGUGGUGUCCCUGGCGCAGCUCUUCGAGGUGGCCGUGGCCAAGCAGAGGGACCCCGCGGUGGGCACGCGGGGCACGGCCCUGCCCGCCCUGGUGGGCUCCCUGGUGGGCUCUGCCCGCAGCCUCGGCCUGCUCGUGGUGCCCAGGCUGACCCCCCAGGCCGUGGCCGAGGUCCAGCGGCGCCGCCGGGAGCUGCAGGCGGCCGCAGCGCCCCCUGGCGGCCAGGAGGACCAGGGGGCGGCAGGGAGGAAGUGACCCCAAAAACACCCAAAAAACACCCCAAAAACACCCCAAAAACCAGGGGGAACCCCCCAAAACACCCCAAAAACCCUGAGGGGGACCCCCAAAAACACCCCAAACCUGAGGGGACCCCCAAAAUAAUGUGAAAAUCUGAGGGGACCCCCCCCAAAUACACCCCAAACCUGAGGGGACCCCCAAAAACACCUGAAAACCCGGGGGAACCCCAAAACCAGCCCAAAUCUGAGGGGACCCCCAAAAACAUCUCAAAACACCCCAAAAACCCAGGGGGAACUCCCAAAAAGACCCCAAACCUGAGGGGGACCCCCAAAUCACCCAAAAGCCUUGAGGGGCCCCAAAACCUCAGGGGACCCCAAAACUCUGGGGGGAGCCCUCAAAAACACCCAAAAAACCACCUCAAAUCUGAGGGGACCCCCAAAAACCCUGAGGGGGACCCCAAAAAAACCCCAAAUCUGAGGGGAGGCCAAAAACUCGGGGGGGAGCCCCCAAAACCACCCCAGAACCUGGGGGGACCCCCCAAAUAAAGAGCUCCUCCCACA